AUGAAGACCUUUCGCAAUGUGCUGGGCAAGAAGAACAAAGAUCAACUAGCUCCGAAUGACGGCACGCCGCCCGCAGGACGGGCCUCUAUUUCCGGCACGGUCGGAUCCGAGCGCGAUACGUCCAGCAAUAGCCUGGCCGACGAUGCAGAGACGCCCGAGGCUUCGGCUGCCCGCUUGGUGGGAGCCGAAGAGGCCAUGCUGCCCAGCCUCGUCGAGGCGGCCGAGUCGUCACCCGCGGCAGCAGCCGAGUGUGCUCGCCACAUCCGCAAGUUCCUGUACCGCGAAAACUGGCGCCGGCCCACCGUCAUGUACAACGCCAUCAUGCUGAUGCGCAUCCUGGUCGAGAACCCGGGCCACACGUUCACGCGCAACAUGGACAAGAAGUUUGUCGAGGCCGUCCGCGAGGUCCUGCGCAACUGCCAAAACCUGCAGACGGUCCAGUCCCUCAUCGACGCGCUGCAGAGCUUCGAGGCCAAGAGCGUCGUGGACGAAGGCCUGGGCCGCAUCGUCGAGAUGUGGCAGAAGGAGAGGGCCAAGAGCAAGAUCCCAUAUCCGGCCCAUCCGAACGGCCAGCCACAGUUCAUGUCACCGAUGCAGCCGAUGCAGCCGAUGCAAUCGAUGCAACCGAUGCAGCCGAUACAGUCAAUGCAGCCGAUGCAGCCAAUGCAGCCAAUGCAGCCGUAUCCGGUGUACCAACCCUACACCAUGGGCCACCAGCCGAGCAACAGCCAGUAUGAAUGGCCGUCUUAUGGUGGAAGUGGAGGCGGAGGCGUGAGAAGCAGCGGUGGUGGCGGCCACCACAGCAGUCGCUCGCUGCCACGACCACAGGAGGUGCGAAAGCGUCUAGAGGAGGCACGCACGACAGCCGGGGUUCUGGCCGAUGUUGUCAACACGAGCUCGCCACCCGCCCUGCUAGACCACGAUCUGGCCGGCGAGCUGUCAUCCCGAUGCCGGCGAGCGACAGCUCAGAUUCUCGACUAUCUCGACGCGCAGAACCCGAUCCCGGACAACACGGAGAUGGCACACCUGCUGACGGUGCACGAAGCCGUGCAGCAGUCGCUGCACCACUACUACAGAGCCGUGCUGGAGGCCCGCAAACAGCUAGGCAUGGGCGAGACGCGGCGCAGUGAGACGGGUGGCGUGCCAGCCAUCGAGAUGACACCGGCCGGCCAGAGCAAAGACAAGGGCAAGGGCACGGCAACGAGUCCGGGCAUAGCGGACGGACCCGGCGGAAGCACCAGCAGCGGCGACGCUUACGUCUACGGCGGUAACGAUAGAGGAAAGGCCAACAGCAGCAACGGGGGCCUCGUAGGUGACAGCAAUCCUCGGUAUUCCGUGACCGAUCUGUACUCGGACUCGGACUCGGACUCGGACGGCCGGAUGGCAGCAGCCAUUGCCGCCAGCACGGCGCCCGGAGCCAACAGCCGGCCGUCACAGCGCUACCUCAACACGGACAGCCCGUUUACAGACGCGCCGGCCGAGUCGUCCCGCUCGUCAUCGCGCGUGCGUCCGGGAGCAGGCGGCAAUGGCAAGGCACGGCAAAAAGGCCCAGCUACGGGCUCGUCCGCUGCCUAUGCUUUGGAUGGCGUGUCGCCCAACGAGCCAGAAGACUACCAGCCAGCAGGCGGCAGAAGUGGUAGUGGUAGUGGUGGUACUGGUGCUGGUGCUGGUGCCUCCUCGUCGUCUGCCAUCGACUCGGCCGCACAUGCAGGCGGGCCGGUGUAUCGCUACUGA